CACUACCUAAGACACACACACAAACCAAAGUCAUGGACUUGAAGAUAACCCCUUUCUUUUUCUUCUUCUUCUUUGCUCUUUUAAUCUCUGUCACCAAAGCCCUAGACCCUUGUGCCUCCCAAUCCGACGGCUCACAUGACCUCUCCAUCAUUCCCACCUACAGCAAAUGCUCUCCCUUCAGCCCACCCAAGGCAGACUCUUGGGUCACCACAGUACUCAACAUGGCCUCCAAAGACCCUGCAAGGAUAAAUUACUUGUCAACCCUAGUGGCCCAAAAGACCACUUCGGCUCCAAUCGCUUCGGGCCAGCAGGUCCUCAACAUUGCCAACUACGUGGUCCGGCUCAAGCUCGGUACCCCGGGCCAGCUCAUGUUCAUGGUUCUCGACACUAGCAAUGACAUCGCUUGGGCCCCAUGUUCCGGGUGCACCGGGUGCUCCGCUACCACCUUCUUGACUAACUCUUCGACCACUUACAGGUCGUUGGAUUGCUCUGUGCAUGAGUGUGCCCAGGCCCGGGGUCUCUCGUGCCCGGCCACUGGGUCUACUGGAGCCAAUGGUUGCUUCUUUAAUCAAUCGUACGGUGGAGAUUCAUCAUUUUCUGCCACCCUUGUACAAGAUGCUUUGAUAUUAGGCAAUGAUGUUCUUCCAAAAUUCUCUUUUGGAUGCAUCAAUUCCAUCUCGGGUGGGUCUGUCCCGUCCCAAGGGUUAUUGGGCUUGGGUCGUGGAUCCAUGUCUCUACUCUCACAAUCUGGGUCACUCUACUCGGGCGUGUUUUCAUAUUGUUUACCAAGUUUCAAAUCCUACUACUUUUCAGGAUCACUUAAACUUGGCCCAGCAGGCCAACCCAAAUCAAUCCGAACCACCCCACUUCUAAGAAACCCGCACCGGCCCUCAUUGUAUUACGUCAACCUCACUGGAAUCACUGUGGGCCGGGUUCCCGUACCCAUUGCCCCGGAGCUCCUAGCAUUCAACCCGAACACAGGAGCUGGAACCAUAAUAGACUCGGGUACGGUCAUAACUCGAUUCGUGCAACCCGUUUACACCGCACUGCGGGACGAAUUUAGAAAACAAGUGAAGGGUACAUUUUCAUCAUUGGGGGCCUUCGACACCUGUUUUGCUGCAACCAAUGAAGCUGUGGCCCCAACCAUCACGUUCCAAUUCACAGGCUUGAAGUUGACAUUGCCAUUGGAGAACAGCUUGAUUCACAGCAGCUCAGGGUCAGUAGCUUGCUUGGCAAUGGCUGCUGCGCCUAAUAAUGUGAACUCAGUACUGAACGUGAUAGCCAACUUGCAGCAGCAGAACCUCAGGAUUUUGUUUGAUGUUGCCAACUCUGUUGUGGGCAUAGCCCGUGAGAAUUGUAAUUAACUAGGUUUUUUUAGGCCUUUUUGGUGUGUCUUGUCUCUUUGUGCUGUGUUUAAAUUUGUCGCUUUGAUGCAAAAAAUAGGUGGUGUGAUUUGUGACAAAUAAGAAAAGCAGGAUAAGGCUUGCUGGUGUAAGAUGUUAAUAAUUACUAUGUGGAAAUUUUGGGAAGAAAAUUGGAGCUUUUGAUUUUGAUUGUGA